GAAUUUCGUUGAAAUAAGUGUCACUUUGCAAUAAUAAUAUACCUUUCAAAUAUUAUUUUUUUACAAGUUGAUGUUAAUAUCUUUCAGUUGAAUAUUUUUAGAUCCUCCUUUUUCUAACUUCUAGUUGAAAUUAAUAUCUUUCUCAAUCCUAUCUUUUCUUUACUUUAAUGGUUGAGACUCGAGGAAGCUGCAUCUGUUCGCGAGUAUAUAUAAUAAGAAGGGAGGUGGAAUUUCCAUAAACAAGUCUCAUAAUCUAUUGCCUGUAGCAAUACCAUAUGGCAAAAUCAUCAUCAUCCUCCUCCUCCUCCUCCUCUACCAAACCUAAACAAACACAUGAGGUAUUCCUUAGCUUCAGAGGCGAGGAUACUCGCAAGACUUUCACAAGCCAUCUUAAUAGUGCAUUAAAAAGGUUAGAUAUCAAGACCUAUAUCGACGAUAAUCUUGAAAGGGGAGAUGAAAUAUCGCAAGCGCUUUUGAAGGCAAUCGAGGAAGCGAAACUAUCAGUGAUUGUUUUUUCGAAAAACUAUGCAACUUCAAAAUGGUGUUUAGAGGAAGUUGUGAAGAUACUCGAGUGUAGAAAAAACAGAGGGCAAAUAAUAUUGCCAGUUUUCUAUGAAAUUGAUCCUUUCCAUGUUCGACAUCAAUUAGGAAGUUAUGCUGAUGCAUUUGUUAAGCAUGAGCAGCGUUUUGCAAGUACAAUGAAUAUUGUGCAAAAAUGGAGGGAUGCUUUAGGAGAAGCAGCCAACCAUUCUGGGUGGGAUUGCACCAUCAACAGAACAGAAUCUGAACUUGUGGAGGAAAUCGCGAUGGAUGUGCUGCAAAAGCUGAAUCGUGUUUAUGUUGGUGACUUAGAUGAUCAAAUUAAUAAAUUAGAGCAACUUGCACAACUUCAACUACAAUAUUAUAAAAGCAUAGAUACUUAUGCUAAUAAACUAAGUCAUGAAGCAACAAUUGAACGCGUAACAGAGCUUAAAAUGAAGAGAAGCGUCCGUAUGCUUCGUUUAACACCUGAGAUGCUUUCCUACAUGGAAGAUUCAGAAGCUUAUGAAAAAUUAUUUUAGUUGCAUAUUGGCUCAAAUGGAGAUGUUAAUCAUGUUAUGACUAAUUGGGGUGAAAAUAUCGAAACAAGUUCGCAGUAAUCAGAUUAUUUAUGCAUUGUUAACCAACUAUAUUGGCUGCAACAAGAAUAAAAAUUGAAAUAUUUUUGGUUUCUGAAUAAGAAGAUAGAAUAUUGAAUGAAA